AGAAAGUCCUCAUGGGGGUUUUGUAAAAUAGAUGACGUCUAGUUGAUUUUCUUCGAACCAGCUGUGUGUAAGCAGGCUGCAACAUCUUGUUCCUAUACUGUGUGGUGUGACAGAAAGUAAAUCGUGGGCAGUAAUCUUAAGGGGGAAUCCCCCACCUUACUAAAGAGGUCACAUUCUCCUAGAACGCUGUCGCCUCUGUAAACUGCAAAGAUGGUGUUGGCAGAUUUGGGGAGAAAGAUAACGUCGGCUUUGCGCUCUCUUAGCAAUGCCACCAUUAUUAAUGAAGAGGUUUUAAAUGCUAUGCUGAAAGAAGUCUGUGCUGCCCUGCUUGAAGCUGAUGUUAACAUUAGAUUGGUGAAGCAGCUCAGAGAAAAUGUCAAGGCAGCAAUCGAUCUGGAGGAGAUGGCCUCAGGGCUUAAUAAAAGAAGAAUGAUCCAGCAUUCUGUUUUCAAGGAGCUUGUUAAGCUGGUGGACCCCGGGGUAAAAGCAUGGACACCUACAAAGGGAAAGAACAACAUUAUCAUGUUUGUAGGUCUUCAAGGCAGUGGGAAAACCACAACAUGUACUAAACUUGCAUACUACUUCCAAAGAAAAGGAUGGAAAACAUGUUUGAUCUGUGCUGACACUUUCAGAGCAGGUGCCUUUGAUCAGCUUAAGCAAAAUGCAACAAAAGCCAGAAUCCCCUUUUAUGGAAGUUACACAGAGAUGGAUCCAGUUGUCAUAGCUGCUGAAGGUGUAGAAAAAUUCAAGUCAGAAAACUUUGAAAUCAUUAUCGUUGAUACCAGUGGUAGGCAUAAGCAAGAAGACUCACUGUUUGAAGAAAUGCUCCAGGUUUCAAACGCUGUUCAACCCGACAAUGUUGUGUACGUGAUGGAUGCUUCCAUUGGUCAGGCGUGUGAGGCUCAAGCUAAAGCCUUUAAGGACAAAGUAGAUGUGGCUUCUGUUAUUGUAACCAAGCUGGAUGGCCAUGCCAAAGGCGGUGGUGCCCUUAGUGCAGUUGCUGCCACAAAAAGUCCCAUUAUCUUCAUCGGCACAGGCGAGCACAUUGAUGAUUUUGAACCUUUUAAAACUCAGCCCUUCAUAAGCAAACUGCUGGGUAUGGGAGACAUUGAGGGACUAAUAGACAAAGUGAAUGAACUCAAGCUUGAUGACAAUGAGGAGCUGAUUGACAAACUUAAACAUGGCCAGUUCACUCUAAGAGACAUGUACGAACAGUUCCAGAACAUCAUGAAAAUGGGCCCUUUUGGGCAGAUCAUGGGUAUGAUCCCAGGCUUUGGUACAGACUUCAUGAGCAAAGGCAAUGAACAGGAGUCAAUGGCAAGGUUAAAGAAACUCAUGACCAUAAUGGACAGCAUGAAUGACCAGGAACUGGACAAUAAAGACGGUGCUAAGCUUUUCAGUAAGCAGCCAAACCGUGUACAGAGGGUGGCAAGAGGAUCUGGUGUAUCCCCCAGAGAUGUACAGGAGCUGCUUACUCAAUACACAAAGUUCGCCCAGAUGGUCAAGAAAAUGGGUGGCAUUAAAGGCUUAUUUAAGGGAGGGGACAUGUCUAAGAAUGUCAACCCAUCUCAGAUGGCCAAGUUGAACCAGCAAAUGGCAAAGAUGAUGGAUCCCAGAGUGCUCCACCACAUGGGUGGCAUGGCUGGUCUACAGUCAAUGAUGAGGCAGUUUCAGCAAGGCGCUGCUGGCAACAUGAAAGGGAUGAUGGGAUUUAACAAUAUGUGAACUGCUUAGCCUUACGGAAAGAAUUAAUAACAACUUGAUGGUUUUUAACAAGCAAACUGGAAUGGAGGAUGGUUGUUUGUUUUUUUGCUUUGCUUUAGCUAAUACAGUAAUUAAUUAAACUAUGUAAAUUAUUCAGAGGCUUGUGUAGUUAUAAAGCCUAGAUGUUUAUGGGACAAGACAUUAAGUAAACAGAGAAAUGUGAUCAGUGACGAGUGUAAUUUUUAAAAAUCAUUGGGCUUUAUUUAAAACCAACUACUCGUAUUUUUAUCAGCUCAAAACUGUGUAGGCCACAUUCCUACACAGUAAGUGUCCACAUGCUAUUGUUUGAAAUGUUAUACAAUUGUGGUCUAACUUUUAAUGGACAAAGAAAAUAAGUGAAACACUUCAGAGAUACAUUUUGCUGCUUUAUUUACAGACAUGUUCAUCCUUUUCAGAAACGCUGUGUAUAAGUCAGACUUAAGUAAUACAGUUUUUUUUAUGUUUUUCCACUUUGUAAUGAGAUGGAGACACAAAACAAAAUCAUGAUUUAUUGUCGGUCACAUCUGCGGAAUUUGCUAAAGAAGAGCCUGGCUUUGUAUCUUUGACAAAUACAGCAGUGUAAGAAAAGUCGGUGGCAAUAUUUUGUCAUAUUAUAAUAAAUUUAUACCAACAUUU